UUUCUCGUUGUCGUGGUAACGCUGUGGCCACAAACUUUUAAUUGUCCCGAGCGCUGUUUUCAUACCUGAAUAGGCAUGAAAAUCUGUACCGUUAGUUUGCUAAACUCGAUGUUUGACGUUUAAGUGAAGCCAUGUUAGCGGAGGCUCGGGGUCCUGAACCUUUGACUUCGAGAGCACCAUGGAAACCCUCGACCCCUGGGAAGGAGAUCAAAAGGCAACGUGGUGGAAAGAACCAUCGGAAAGCAUCCAGCCAGAGAAGCUGUCUCUUCGGGUUGGAACUGAAUCCGGAGCUGGUCUGGGAGGACUGGGAACUGGGGAUGGAGUUCACCAAGACAUUGCUGUUAAAGAAUAUUCAUAGCAAGCUGCAGAAGCUACAUGUCAGGCCUCCGGUGUCCAAGUUUUUCUCCGCCAUCGUUCCUCAAAUAAUAGUUCUCAGCCCAGGGACUUCUUUCUCCAUUCCAAUCUGCUUCAGACCAGUGCAGAGGUGCGAGUAUGAAGACUGCAUUGAGUUCCAAGGUAAAGAUGGCAGCUUCCAGGUGUGUCUCCGUGCCAUCAUCCCCUGCCAUGCCCUGGAGGUGCCUGACUCCGUGCUGUUACCCCUUUGCGCUGUUGAAAACUCCUCCAAAACCAAUUUCCUGCUCAAGAAUGUCAGUAAACUCCAGACAUGCUUCCAGUGGAAGUGCACAGCACCGUUCCAGCUAAGCCCCGAGCACGGCCUGCUGAAGCCCAGUCAGGAGUGUCCCAUCACCGUGAUAUUUCGACCACAGGAAGCACUGGUAUACCAGCAGCAAGCCAGCUGCAGGUUUGGAGAAGAAGGGGACGAGGCGAAGAGCUGCUGCAAUGUGCUUCUACAGGGACUAGCCAAAUACCCAUUUAUUCAGCUGAGAGAUCCAGGUACCACCGAUGAAAAACAACAGUGUGGUCCAGAGCUGCACUUUGGCUCGGUGCCUAUCGGACAAAGUUUGCAGAAACCCUUUGACAUCUUCAACCCUUCUCCUGUAACUGCUUCGUUCUCUCUUUCACGAUCGUCCAGUGGGCUCCAUUUGUUGGACUCAGAGUUUAGCUGUGAUGUGACCAGGGGUAAGGUGGCACCUGGAGGAUCACUACGUGCUUUUGUCACCUACACUCCCGCUGAGGUGGAUACUGUCUCUGUGGAGUACUUAUCUCUAAAAUGUAGAGGGGCAUUAAAUGAAACUCCCCUCAAGCUCAUUGGAAACGGUGUAGGUCCCAAAGUUUCUCUGACCUCCUCUGUGCUGGACUUUGGCUGUGUUGAGGAAGGGGGAGCCGUUGUGCAGACAGUGGAGCUGGUUAAUUCUGCGCCCGUUGAGGCUUUUUACCAAUGGGACCUGGACUGCACUGGGAAUAGUGUGUUCAGCAUACAGCCAGCAAGUGGCACUGUAUGCCCACACGGCCAUUUCACACUCAAGGCUGUCUAUAAACCCACGCAGCCUAUUGCACAUCACAGGAGAGUGACGUGUAUCGUACUGCACAGGGACCCCAUAUUCCUUGACCUGAUUGGUACCUGUCACUCAGAGCUCCAGCAACCAGUGAUACUGAAACCCGAGCACUUGGUUCUUUACAAGCUCCACUGGUGCCGCAGACUGGACCCGCAGGACACGCUCACGCAGGAAGAAAAUAAAGUAGGCCUUGACCGAGAGGGAAUGCUCUGCCCAGUGGGGGAGCAGUCACACCGUGCACAGGACAAGAGAACUCCCAUGGAGGAAUAUUAUGAGACCUGCUUGGGUUGCAUGGAUCCCCUCUCCUGCAGUUCUUUGUCCUUCCCACAUGUAUCCGUGGAGCCCAGUGAGCUUCUGUUUAAUCACAAAUUAGCAUCCUCUUUAUUGCCUACAUCCACUUCUUGUCAGCCUGUAUCCAUCACCAACCACACAGGGGGGAAACUCAGCCUGGUGUGGACUGCCAGCCGAGACUCUCCGUUCACUGUCUCUCCCUUAUCGUGUGACCUGGCUCCUCUAAAAUCCACUUCAUUCAGAGUGACCUAUGACCCCAAGCAGAUCAAUACUCUGCACGGGGCACAACUUGAGUGCUUUGCAUACUGUAAGGACAACCCUCAGAUAGAGGGCCGCCUGCUGUGCCCACCGUGGUGUGUGACUGUCCGAGUCAUAGGCCAUUCAUUUCAGCAAAGCAAAGAGCAUUUCCUCCCACGCUGCUCCUUGCAGCCUUAUCGAGUGGUGUUUCCUGCCCUUGGUGUUCUUUCCUAUCGGACAGUGCUCUUCAGGAACUGUGGAGACCUGCCCCUCUCUUUCUGUCUGGACCCCGGCUCAACGCCUGCCUUGGCCGAAUCGGUGUCUGUGGUGCCGAGCUGCGGCCUAAUCCAGCCUGGCAAACACCAAAUCCUCACCCUCAGAUCAACGCCCUCAGAAGACGGCCCCAAGCACGGGUUCAGUUUACACCUCCGGCUGAAUGCAGCUAAAGACACAAAGAAACUGACAGUUGUCAGUGUGGUGGAAAAGCUGUGUAUUUCUCUGGAAGGAGACAAGCGUUUCCGUUUCCAGCCAACAGCCGUGGGCUCUCGGACGCGGCGUUCCCACCACAUCAGGAACCUCGGCCGAGUACCGCUGAGAUUCCAAUGGAGCAUUCCGGAGCCAGACCAGCAGCUUAUCUUUGUUGAACCAGAUGCUGGGGAACUGCAUCCCAACGAGAGCUCAGUCCAGAUCUGGUCCUUCAGCCCACUUUACGAAAAAACCUACACACUGAAAGCUACUCUCAGCUUCUGGCCGAUCCAGACUCCUGGAUGUAACAAGUCACACCUCACCCUCAACGUGGUGGGGUUGGGCUCUAAAGGAUUAAUAGAGGCAGAGAAAGCAGUUGUGGACGUGGGAGACAUUCUGGUUGGAAGCUGUCGGGCGAUUCAGGUUCCUCUGGUGAACAACAGCCCCUGUCCCGUUUCCUUCUGUCUCUCUGUACAGCAGAUGCUUCUGGAUGAGGAUCUUCCUUAUGACCCUGGGACUGAGCCAAAAGCCCUCCGGCUUGACUGUGAGAGGGGAACUAUCGUCUCACACUCCAAAAUGCUGCUCCGAUCCACUGUCAGACCACACAGACGAGGCCGGUACCUGUGGACCAUCAGCUACCAGAUGCUGAAUUCCAGUGGAGCCGUGUCUCGCCCUCCCCAAGCAGUGUGCGAAGUGCGAGCUAAAGGCGUGUUUCCCACGCUGCGGGUGAUUGAUGUGUGCGGUGGAGGCAGUGUGGGCAGACUCAGCAAGGGGCACUUGUGGAAGCUCUUCUCAGUGGACAGCCUCAAUGAGCACAUGCUUUCCAACACGUCCCCCGCCGGGCUCGCUUACAGAACCACUACCAGAAACAGUCUGAGCAGUUGUCCUUCAGUCUUCUCCAAAGCCAUGUUGGAUUGCAACUUCAGUGCCAAUCCCAUGAAUUCAAAGCCCUCCGUUUUUGAGUUGAUGUUUCACAACCCGGGCUCCAUCCCUGUAGACUGGGCCUUCUUGUUUCCAGCAGACCAGCAGCUAGAGAUGGAGUACUGGGCAGAGACGGGAGAGUUUAGCAGCACUGAACUCUCCCAGAUGAAGGUUAAAGACAAUCAUCUGUUCUUCAUUUCUCCUCGUUCUGGCACUUUGCUCCCUGGCCAGCAGAGGGCAGUGCACUUUACCUACAGCCACGACUUCGUAGGGGCGGACCGAUUUCCUGUCACGCUCAAACUUUCUCAUGGUAGAGAGAUCUUGCUGAACCUUCAGGGGUUGACCUUGGAGAAAGACACACCCUGUCUCCACUUUGCCUCCAGACAACAUGUCUUCACCUCCGUCUCUAUUGAGGACUGCGCUCCACCGAAGCAGGUGUAUGAACUAAACAAUUGUGGUGCAGUGCCAGUCCGUUACGAGGUGGACGUGUCUGCGUUGGCGCAGCUGAAGGUGGACAACUUUAACCAUCCAGUGCUGGUCUGCCUCAAUCCGGAGGGAGAGGUUCUUCCUGGGAAGACGGCCAUGCUGGAAUGGAUCUUUUCUCCAUUGGAAGCUAAGAUGUACCAUAUGGAUGUUUCCAUUAGUGUUCAGGGUGGAGACUCCACACUGGUGAGGUUUGAAGGAUGUGGGUUGGAUUCUCCCACACUGGACUCCGCAAAGCCAUUUAAGUUCAGCGAUACCGAGGCCCCUGAACCCUGUGUCAAGAGAGCGCCCUUCCCGGGACAGGUGGUAUUUCUGUCGGAGGACAGCGUCUCUCUUGGCAACAUCCCAAUCUACUCGCAAUCUUCAAGAAUCCUCUUCCUAACCAACUUGUCCCACACGGACUCUGUGCACUAUAAAUGGGACGAGCAGAGCUAUCAGCAGGUGGUGCAGAUCCAUCCAGAAAAAGGAAUUCUGCGUCCAGAAGAAAGUGCCCUUUGUGUCCUUACCUUCACCUCAACUGACUACCCCACUUGUUAUCAGCUAGAUGUCAUCUGCCAGAUGAUCCAGGAAAACGCCCUGACUCAACAUCGCGAUGCUCUGCAGAGUUGGGAGGAAGAGAAAGAGAGACGGCAAUUCACGCUCACGGAUAGAAAUCCCUCAGAAAUCCAAGGAGUUCCGAUGGAUGAGGAACCUGUUUCAGUUCCCUGGGGAAAAGGGCCACCACUCAGGAAAUACAAGACUCUCCCGCCUAUCUUUGCCAGGGGCCGCUGUGAACCGGGGGGCUCCAUAUGCACCAGGAUGACGAGAGCCCAGCGGCAAGCCCAGCGGCAGGCCCAGCGGGAAAAAAGGCGCCCUGAGCCCCCCCGACCGGCGCUGCUGCAUCUCGGGCUCACAGCACACUCUCACAGGCCUCUGGGGUACCUUCCACACCCCCCCGACCGGUCCAGGGAGCACCGCAGACGCGUCCGGUCAGUCGAGCCCCGGCGACCUGAGAGCACCGAGUCGAGCACUUCCUGUCCCGCUGGGCCCCCCUCAACGCCACGUGGCCCGGAGAGAGACGUCGCCGUGCGCGUACUCACCUCUCUGCUCAGGGGCGUACUCGAGGAUCCAGCCUUCAUCCUUUCUCUGAUUGCAUUGUCAUCGAGGCCCAUCACCUACCACCUGCCUCCUCCUCCUCCUCCUCCUCCUGACUGCCCCGCAUUUUCCCAACUCAGCCCCGACCCCCAGAUUCUGUCGAGUGGGCCGGUGGAUCGGAGGGAACAGCGCGGCACGGCGGACGGCGAGGGAACCGCGGGGCGUUGGGGAAAUAACUCGCCAACCCAAAGCCCAGCGCACGCCGUGAACGCGCCCGCCGACCUGAGUGAGGGGGUUUUGCUGAACACCCUCCAGAACCUGAUGAUGGAAGCUGUCAGAGGAGAACUCGUCCUCACAGCGCACCCCCGCACUGUUAUCCUGCCGCCUGUUUGCACCAGAACCAGGAAGAUGUCCAAAGCCAUGGUGGAGGAGAGUGAACUGUGGAGGGAUGGAGACGAACCUGCAGGGACAUGAGUCUUAACAUCCAGCAGACAUUCCCUUUCCUCUUUUGAUACGUUAAAUAAUAAAUAAUAAUGCACUGAAAAGAAACAAGCGACCUGUCAAGAUACCAUAAUAUUGUAUGCAUUACAUUUAAAUGUUUCCAUGUCUGACUUCCAUUCUAUUGCACACAACCAUUCAUAAAAUAUAUCAGGUUUA